AAGUCGCGAAAUUUACAACAACAAAUUCGCAUGGCAGCAUCAGCGUGGCAGCUCGAACAAUUUGGCUUGCCAGCAAAAAUGUGCCGCAAACAGCGCUUUAACACCAAAUAAAAGUGGCAUGCAACAAACUGCAGCAACAUCUAAUGUUUGAACCUUAGUUGACCAAAACUCUAAAAUUUCGUCGGGCAAACUUUAAACAUAUACUUAUACUAAACUCGUAUGUAAAUGUAAAUAUAUUUAAAAAGAAAAAAAGAAGCUUGGAACUCUUCGAGAACUCCACACAAGCAAUGUCUAGUGUUUAUUUACAAUUGCCGCAACAACAACAAUAGCACCAAACGCUCAACUUUUACUAAACACACACUUAGCUCGCACGAAAUAUCUAACCACUUUACUGCAAACUACUGCAUUUCACGCAAAAACACCAAAAACAAAAAAUAAUAAUAUCGAAAUAAAACCAAAAAUUUCACGCCUCAAACCCCCGCAAUUGAGUUCGCCAACAUUUGCCAGCAGCAAUUUUUCUUUAGUACCAACAUCACACCCGCCACCACGCUACCAUGCCACGUUGCCUGAUGGCGAAGAAAUGGAAAGCUUAUCCCUGGCUCGAACGCAUCGAGGAUAAUACGACGUCCGUGGCAGUGGCGGACGACAGCGACAAAUCGCAAGCGACCGUUUUACGCCACGAAUUGUUGCACAAACGCAGCGUUGCGGCAGCAUCACCCAGUCCGCAACAACAGCAGCAACAGCAACAAACGCAGUACAAUAGAAGAUCGUCGAAGUCGCGGCGCUCCACCAUCGAUGAUGAUGAGGAGAUCGAUGUAGUGGGUGAUAAUGCGCACGCUUUGGCCACAGCCGGCACGGAGUUGCAGGAUAACAGUAAAGUUGUAACAACGGCUGCAUGCAAUACAGCUGCUGUAGCGGCUGGCGGUAAUGGUAGCACACCUACGGCUACGUGUUGGGGUCCCUCGUCGCCGACAGCGGGCGCUACAGCACCGAGUCCACCACCACAUUCACCAGAGGCAGCAACGCGCGGUGCAACGGCGUUGUAUAACGGUUUUGGCCAUGAAGCUUCGCCCAUGCACUACACAGCGUACCUGCCACGAAUGGAAAAUGGUGAAGUUACUGUAAUUACAAAUGCCGUUGCGGCAGCGGCGGCGGCGGCUGCAGCUGCUGCUGCUGGCGCCACUGGACAUCAUAGCCUACCAACGCUACCGCAUGCACAUCCGUAUUCGUCAUUUGUGCACACGCCGCCGCCUUCGACCGCCUCCUCGCCUUCAGCAUCGCCAACGAGUCACAGCAGCGCGUUGACAGCGUCCAGCAGCCAAAGCCACAACAACAAUAGCAGCAGCAGCAGCAGCAGUAGUAGCAGUAGUCACAGCAGUGAACGCCUUAGUCCGCCCAUGAUACGCAUCAAAACCGAAGCGCCAAGCGAUGAGCAUGCACAACAACACCAAAACAGCAACAACAACAACCAAGUAACUAGCGAGUCCAACGUAUUGCGCAAUAAAUCGUUGGCAAUGUGUUUCACCAGCACUGGCGCGGCGCUGUCGCUGCCACCCAAAAAGAAAGACAUCUACCGUCCAUACUCGCUGGACGACAGGCCGAGCGUCGAGCGUUUGCGCACGUCCUACGAGAGUUUGCGCAUACCAGCGGAAGAGGAUCUGCAUGCCGCACACGCCAUACUUGAUUUGAGUGCUUCCACAGCCUUCCAUCCGCCAAUACAACCACAUCAACUGCAACAGCCGCAACCGCUGCAGCUGCAACAGACAGCGGUGCCGCCGCCUACGACACACCAACAGUUACAUCACCAGCAACAUCCGUUACAUCACAUCACACACGCGAUACAGCUACAACAGCAGCAGGAGGCAGCUGCCGCUGCAGCAGCGAGCAUACAACACACGGGCGCAUCCAUUGCGGAUCUGGCGGCCGCCGCCUGUGUCGCCAAUGAACAGCGCCCCAGAAGCACGGCCUCGCUGCACAGUGUUUUGAGUGCCAGCGAUAGCGAUCGACAGCCGAGUUCGCCAGCAAGCAGCGUGCAGAAUGAGAACAGCAAUACCACAAAUCAACUAACGGCACUACAGUUGCCAACAUCGGCGAAUGGCGCCAACAAAACGGUCGCCUACACCUACGAAGCCUUCUUUGUUAGCGACGGUCGUUCGAAGCGCAAGCACGUGGUGGACCCGGCGGCUGUGGUGCAGCAAGAUCAGCAGCGCGCCAAGUACACAUGCACCGAAUGUGGCAAGCAGUAUGCCACAUCGAGUAAUCUCUCGCGUCACAAGCAGACACAUCGCUCGCUCGACUCGCAAUCGGCCAAAAAGUGUCACACCUGCGGCAAGGCGUACGUUUCGAUGCCCGCGCUCGCCAUGCACUUGCUCACGCACAAGCUAUCACACAGCUGCGAUGUCUGCGGCAAGCUCUUCUCGCGCCCUUGGCUGCUGCAGGGCCAUCUACGCUCGCACACUGGUGAGAAGCCCUACGGCUGUGCGCAUUGUGGCAAAGCCUUUGCGGACCGUUCCAAUUUGCGUGCACACAUGCAAACGCAUUCGAUCGAUAAGAAUUUCGAGUGUAAACGCUGUCACAAGACAUUCGCGCUCAAGUCGUACCUCAACAAGCAUCUCGAGUCGGCAUGCCUUAAGGACGAGGCGGACAUGCAGUUCGAUAGUGACUUGAGCAAUGAUAUGGUCUCACCAUCACCAUCCGUCGAAGACUAUCCGCUAACGCCAACGGCACAACAGCAGGAACAACUACAGCAGCAGCGACGCUUCAUCUGCUCGUCGCCAACGCCGUCGGCGGUGAAGAUUGGCAGCAUCAGCGCGUUGACGAUACCAAUGCCGGCGACGGCGGCGGCGACUUCAUUGGCUGUCGGCGCCCUGGUGAAGGUGGAGGCGCCUUUUGUUGGCUAAAAUCAACAUGCACUUGCUGGCACGCAGCGCGCAGUGGAGUGUUCGGCUGAGCAAACAGUCAGCAGAGUAAGCAGCGUUAAGUGGCCCUUUGGUGCAAUUGUAAGUAAUAUUUAAGCGCAAGCAGGUAGUUAACGAGUGGAUAACUUUUAACGUAGUUGAAGUGCAAAAGUUACGGUUUUGUUGCAAGCAUACCAAAGCGCACGCUACAUACACGCAUAUUGUGUGUAAGUGUGUGUGUGCGCGCAAUUUAUUGACGCGUGAACAAAGCUUUGUUGUUUGAACCAGUGUAUAUUAACCCCUAAGUGGGACAGAA